CUUAAAUGCCGCGCUCUCGGCCGGGGCUCCUCUCAGUCCCGACCAGGCUCCCUCCCUCCUCCCUCCCGCCUUUACCUGCUCUGCCAGCCCCACGGGGGCUCCAGCCUCUCGGCGCUUCUGCUGCAGAGAAAAUCAUCUAGAUUUCUUCCUGGAAUCUUUCCACUUUGAAACUGAACAAUGAAGCUGCUACGUAUUGCCCCAUUCCUUUUGCUUGCCUUUACAGCUUUGGAAGCCCGACCAAAAUUUUUAGAAAGUAAAUGUAAAACAGGCCCAUUGGACAUCGUGUUUGUGAUUGACAGCUCACGCAGUGUUCGUCCUUUUGAGUUUGAAACCAUGAGGCGGUUCAUGAUUGACAUCAUUCACAACUUGGACAUAGGGCCUAAUGCCACACGGGUAGGAGUGAUCCAGUAUUCUAGCCAGGUCCAGAAUGUCUUCUCCCUCAAGUCCUUUUUCACUAGGGCUGAAAUGGAAAAGGCCAUCAACAACAUUGUCCCGCUGGCCCAAGGCACAAUGACAGGGCUGGCUAUCCAGUAUGUCAUGAAUGUGGCCUUCACCACACAGGAGGGGGCACGGCCACUCCACAAGAAGAUCCCUCGGGUGGCUGUGAUUGUAACUGAUGGGCGGCCCCAAGACCGUGUAACUGAGGUGUCAGCUCAGGCACGAGCAGCCGGCAUUCAAAUCUAUGCUGUGGGUGUACAACGGGCAGAUAUGAACUCCUUACGGGCCAUGGCUUCUCCCCCUCUAGAAGAGCAUGUGUUCUUGGUGGAAUCCUUUGACCUCAUCCAACAAUUUGGCAAGCAGUUCCAAGACAAGUUAUGUGGUGUUGAUAUGUGCACAGAAAUGGACCAUGGCUGUCAGCAUACUUGUGUCAGUGUGCCAGGGUCUUUCUAUUGUCAGUGUAAACCAGGAUUCAAGCUGAAUGCUGAUGGAAAGACAUGUUCCAUAAUUGAUGCCUGUGCGGAUGGGAGACAUGGCUGUGAGCACCAGUGCGUGAGUUCUCAUGGCUCCUACAUUUGCCGUUGCCGGACAGGCUAUCAGCUCAACCAGGACAAGAAGACAUGCAGCAUGAUCAAUUUCUGCAAUUUUGGCAACCACAGUUGUCAGCAUGAGUGUGUUAAUAUUCUCAAUGGACACUAUUGCCGCUGUCGUGAUGGCUACACCCUGCAGGCCGAUGGGAAGUCUUGUCAGGCCAGUGACCUUUGCAAUAGCAUAGAGCAUGGAUGUGAAUUUAAAUGUGUCAGCACUGCAGGAUCUUAUCACUGUGUUUGUCCAGAGGGUCAGCAGCUACAUGCAGAUAAGAAGACAUGUAACAAAUGCAAAGCAGGGCAUGUAGAUUUAGUGCUUGUGAUUGAUGGCUCCAAAAGUGUCCGGCCUCAAAACUUUGAGCUGGUAAAGCAGUUUGUGAAUCAGAUUGUGGACUUCCUGGAUGUGUCCCCUCAUGGCACUCGAGUGGGGCUGGUUCAGUACUCCAGCCGUGUCCGUACAGAGUUCCCUCUCAACAAGUUCACAACGGCAGCUGAUAUCAAGAAGGCAGUGCAGAGGGUGCAGUACAUGGAGAAGGGUACCAUGACCGGCCUGGCCCUCAAGCACAUGUUGGAACAUAGCUUCACUGAGGCAGAAGGUGCCCGACCUCUUUCUCAAAAUGUACCAAGGAUUGGCCUGGUCUUUACUGAUGGACGCUCUCAAGAUGACAUCUCAGAGUGGGCCAGGAGGGCAAAGGAGGCAGGCAUUGUCAUGUUUGCAGUUGGUGUAGGUAAAGCUGUUGAGGAUGAACUGAGAGAAAUUGCGUCCCAACCAGUGGAUCAGCACUUUUCUUAUUCAGCAGAUUUCAAUACCAUGACCAACAUUGUUGAAAACCUCAAAAUCAACAUCUGUCCUGAGGAGGGCAAAGGAGAAACUGACUUCCGCAAUCCUUGUGAAUGUGAGGCGCUUGUGCAGUUCCAGACAAACACUCUUGCAAUCCUAGAAGAUCUCACUGAUAAAAUUGGUCGGAUGACUGCUAGACUUGACCAGCUAGAAAACCAGAUUGCUGGCAAAAAAUGAUCACCAUGGACAACCAUCCUUCAUUUGGGUCACGGACACAUCCUGUAGCUCAUUGUUGGCAUCCCUAGACCUGUUGUAAAUGGUUGAUUGUUCUUAUAUUACAGGUUCACAAGAGGAAGUGAAACCGGUCCCUUCUUGCCUUUUUUUUUUUUAACUUAAGAAAAUCCUUUAAGGUGGAACGUUGAAACAUACAUAUACAUAUAUAUGUGUGUGUAUUUUUCCUUUUUCUUGAGAUGGAUGGUUGGGUUGGUUGUGGCAAAACUGGUUCAGCCCAACAGGUGGACAUCUCAGAGAAGGAACAGGAAGUAGAAUAUGAAUAUGAAUAAUCUUCAAAGAGCUACUGAGAUUGGUCAGCAUUCAUGGAUUAUUUCCUGGAGCUUUGCAGCAAAGCCAAGAAGCUAAGACACCAAAAUGGCAUCAUUAGUAAAGAUUGGUCAUGUCCUCUACCUUGGAAAAUUGCAAUUUUUUAAAGCCCAGCCAUGGCAAGAAGAGGCAGCAGUGUCUUCUAACAUCCAGAAAUACAAGACUAUCCAACCCUCCCACUUCUUCCUCACUGUGAACAGCAGUGCCUGGAAGUUCUUUGUCUAAACAUUUCCACUUCGGUUGCACACACAUACUUGUUUUUUAAAAGGAAAUAUAAUUUAACUUAGAAAAAGAUGCUCCAAAAAUCGAUCUGGGACAUUUCUGACUGGAACAAUCUCCAUAUUGAGCUUCAACUUAUCUUUAACAGUAUUGAUGAGAACUUGUCAUUAUCCCCAACCCCUCUCCAAAAAAAGUUCUUUAAAAGUUCUAUAUGUAUGUAUGUGUUUGUGUGUACAUAUAUAUAAAUAUAUAUCUUUCUGCAAGCAAGGUGGGAUAGUCAUACUUUUAAACAAACAUGUUUUUAUUAUAUGUAAAUUUUUAUCCUGACUAAUAAACUUGCUGAAGAUUU